AUGGCCCAGGGGAUCUUUGCUUUCUUCUGCACUCAUGCUGCUGGCCUCACUGGGAGCUUCCAGUACCUGGUGCUCAUCCUACUGGUGGUGGCCUCCCUCGCCAUUCCAUUCUGGCAGUGGUUCUUGGUAAAGUUUGGGAAGAAAAGUGCCGCUUUUGUUGGGCUUUCCCUCAUCAUCCCAGCCUUCAUUAUUCUGGUCCAAGUGACACACAGCUUCAUCACCUUUGCUCUCACCAUGAUCCUGGUAGGCUGCAGCACAGCCUCACUCUUCUUGUUGCCAUGGUGAGUAUGGGCGCCUGCCAAGACUGUUCCUAGUCUUUGAAAGGAGAUGGGAGUGGGGUGGCAGGAGGAAAAGAGACUUUUGUAUCACAGAGGCAGUCGGGAUCAGGGCUGGAUUGAGAAAAGAUUCAUUAAAGUUGAAUUGAAAAUGGGUCACACUUCUGGGGUCACAGAACAUUUGAGGUAAAAAGGCUCUAAGAAUAGAACAUGGAAUGCCAGACCUGGAAGAGACCCCAGAACAUCAAAUAUAAAACUGGAAGAGACCU